GCCUUCCCAAAAACCCUAUAAAGCUCUUACGAAACGCGCACGCGGAGACUCCUCAGAGGAUCGAUGCGCGGCAGUUUGCAAGAGUGAACAUUUUGAGUUUCCACUUGUGUGUUUAUUAUGAUGACCAUGCGUCCACAUGGGUCAGUGAGCGUGCUGGAAACGGCCCUCUUGGUCUUGCUGGCAGCCUUUCAACAAUGCGUCUGGGCGCACACUGAUACUUUGCUUCCACCAGAGAUCUCGCAGCACAAUGGCACCCUGUAUGGAGUCUGCAAGGUGAGACCCAGCUCUUCGCUCCCAGAUGGCCUGCCCAAGAUCUACGGCCAGGUGCUGCUAAAGCAGGACCACCCUCAGGGGAAGCUCCAGGUGCUCCUGGGGUUCAGCGGCUUCCCCGCGGAGGGCCCCCCGCAGCCCCGGGCCGUCCACAUCCACCAGUACGGAGACCUGAGCCGCGGCUGUGACUCCACCGGCGGCCACUACAACCCGUACGGCGUGAGCCACCCCGAGCACCCGGGGGACUUCGGUAACUUCGCGCCCCAGCAGGGAAAAAUCGGCGCGCUGAUAGAGUCUGGCGCCACGCUGUUCGGGGGCCUGUCGGUGUUCGGGAGAGCGGUGGUGAUUCACGAAAUGGUGGACGACCUGGGGCGCGGCGGGGACGCCGGGAGCCUGCUGCACGGGAACGCCGGCCGAAGGCUGGCCUGCUGCGUCAUCGGGACGGCCCCCUCCAACCGCUGGGACGUGCAGCACAAGCGCUACACCAGGCAGCUGCGAAGGAGUUAAUCCCACCCAUGUGAGAGCCCCUCCAGUGUUCCGUCCAUGUUUGACCAUUUGUUAUAUAAUUGAAUUCUAAUAUAACACCAAACCAUUUUUUUUUUUUAAAUCAAUCUAAUAAAAAUGUAGGUGAAAUAUUGUCGGUGAGUGAAAAUGAAAUCCUGAAAGUUGUGCUGGUUUGUUGGGGAAUUUGUUCAAUAAAGGAUGAAUCAUACUGA